UGGUGCAGGAGCAGCAGCUGGCACCACCUCUGGUCCCGACCUCCUCACCAGCUCGGCAGAAGCCGAGAAGUCCGCAGGAGCCAGCGACUCAACAACCCACCUCGCUCCAGCCAUGGAAUCUCACAAAAAGUGCCGCUGCUGCUACUGCACUGACUUGAAGAACUUUGCAGGAGCAGUGAAGGAGGAAACACUUGAGGAUCCACAGCCUAGCUUGAGCUCGACGCUUUUGGAGGGAGCAAACUACCAGGGAAACGAGGAAUUUGAAACAACUUACUACUCCAACUUUGGAGACAGCCAGAAGGAGGAAGAAGUGGAGAUGGAGACCUCUCUGUUCAACUCCAUGUUUCUAGAAGAAACAAACUACCAGGAACCCAAGGAACUCGAACCCGCGAGCAAAGAAGCAGCAGCACCUGUUGCAGAAGCACCACGAGCCUGGAAGGGGAAUGAAAAUCUUGGAGGCGGCAUCCUGGAGUCCAACGCUCAGCUGGGGGAGGCGGAUGCCACCCCCAUGCCGCAGUCCCUGAUGCGGCCUCUAAUGCAACCUGUUGCACGGUCUUCGCUGCAGCCCCCGCUGCAAUCCCUGCCGCCAAACCCGCUGCAGCUCCAGCUCCAGCCGCAGCCCCAACCCCAUCCCCAGUCGCAGCCGCAGCCGCAGCCGCAGCCACAGCUGCAGCCCCUGCCGGCAAACCUGCUGCAGGCCCCGCAGCAGCCCGAGCAGCAGCCCCAGGGGCAGCCCCAGGGGCAGCCCCAGCAGCAGCCUCAGCAGCAGCCCCAGCAGCAGCUCCAGCAGCAGCCGAAGCCCCGCCGCUACCGCAUUUCCUUCACGCAGAUCCAACUGCAGGAGUUGGAAGCCUAUUUCCAGCGCGUUCAGUACCCGGACCUGUUUGCUCGAAUGGAGCUUGCCAGACGCCUGGGCUUGCCUGAAUCCAGAGUUCAGGUUUGGUUUCAGAACAGAAGGGCCAAGUGGAGACGACUUCGGCGGGCACAAGCAUAUAGAAACAUGGUUCCAGUGGCUAUGGGUCCCCCUGUUGGUGUAUUCGUUGAUGAUCAUUAUGGUCCCAUCCCUGUUGUGGAGGUUAUUUGGAAAUGUUACCCUAUGGUGCCGCGUCCCAUGCACCCUCAAAUGAUGCCUCUUCCACCCAGGGGCCCUCCAAUAUUCAGAAUGCCUCUACCAUUUAGGCCACCCCCUCCACCUCCAUUUCCAUGGCCACCUGUACCACCCGAGAUCCACAUGCCCAAUGCAGCGAUGGGUUUUAACCCCAACCCCAAUCCCAACCCCAACCCCAACCCCAAUCCCAACCCCAACCCCAACCCCAACCCCAAUCCCAACCCCAACGGAAAUGUCAAUUCUGCGGGUCCUAGAUACUGAAGUCUACAUCAGUUUUCUCAAAGUGUUUUUCAGCCAGAUUUAUGUUGUUUGUAGACACUAUAAGCAUUACUCAUUACAUAGGUGUUAAAUGAAAUUAUGUGCAAAGUUAAUGCCUUCUUUGUUAUGAUUUUCAAUAAAAGUUUGGAUUAGCAGCA